AUGGCCGGCCUGAACUAUGUCACCUUCAACCAGGACCACAGCUUACUGGCGGUCGGUGCGUAGUCGCCAGCGGUAUGCGAUCCAAGAAAUGUAGGCUGAAGAGCAUGUAGCUACCACAAGAGGCCUGCGGGUCUACAAUACCGAUCCCUUCGAGCUCCAGAACCACUCAUACCAAGAAGACAUCUCCCUCGUCGAACAGCUCUUCUCCACCUCGCUCGUUGCCAUGAUCCUCACCCCGAGACUGCUGCGCAUCGUGAACACCAAGGUGAGACUGGGAUGAUAUGCGAGAAGAGAAGAAUACCUCACCAGACUGAGUAACUUAGCGGUCGCAGAAACACUCGACCAUAUGCGAACUCACCUUUCACGGAAUGGUGGUGGCUGUGAAGAUGAACAGGAAGCGCUUGAUUGUAAUGCUGGAAGAGGUCGCCUUCAUCUACGAUAUCAGCAACAUGAAGAUGCUGCAGCAACAGAGCACGCCCGUCAACCCCGCGGGGAUAUGCGCCAUCUCGCCCAAUUCCGAGAACAAUUACCUCGCCGUGCCUCAUUACCAGAAACCUUCCCAGAGUACCCAGGCGCAACCCUCGCAUGUACCGAAAUCUGUCGCCAAGGAGCCCAUCAGCGGAGAUGUCAUGCUAUUCGACUUGAACAAGAUGGAGGAGGUCACAGUCAUCCAGGCGCAUCAGGCAGCCUUGUCCUACAUUGCAAUCAACAACGAUGGCACUCUGAUGGCCACGUCCUCGGAAAAGGGCACGGUCAUCCGCGUGUUCUCAAUACCAGACGGGAAGAAGCUCUACCAGUUCAGGAGAGGGAGCAUGCCGGCUAGGAUAUACUGCAUGAGCUUCAACGCAACCUCCACCCUCCUCUGCGUGUCGUCCGCCACCGAGACCAUCCACGUCUUCAAGCUCGCCCCUCCGGGGAGCCACUCAAAUGGCAAUGAGAACGGCGCGAGACCCAUGUCUCCCCAAUCCCCGCCACGCAAAUCCUCCUUCACCGCCGGCGACCGCAGUCAAAGCCCUUCCCAAUUCUCAGAAGACGCGCAAGAAGGCAACUCCGGACGAGACGGGGAUCCGGCCGCUUUGGAGAAUGCUCGCCAACCACGCCAAGCAGGCUUCAUGUCCAUGGUCCGGAGAACCUCACAGAAUGUCUCGACCUCCUUUGUCAGCAGAGCAGCCGGCUACCUCCCUCAAUCCGUGACGGAAAUGUGGGAACCGCAACGAGAUUUCGCAUGGGUGCGAGUACCGCGGGGAGCUAACGGUCAACCCGUGCGGAGCGUCGUCGCCAUGGCGAACAAUACCCCGCACGUCAUGGUCGCGACGAAUGAAGGGGAUUUCUACGUCUACAGCAUCGAUUUGGAGAAGGGUGGAGAAGGGACUCUUCUCAGGCGGUUCGAGUACGUUGCGCAUUCUCCCGAGAAUGAGUAAAGUAAGGAGGUAACGACUGCUGACAUGGCGUGCACCAGUGAGCUUCACUCGUUGAAAUAUCGCAAGAGCAACGGCUUCGACGAGGAUUAG